GCGCACGGCUCAGAACUUGUUGCAGACGUGCUUUGACUCGUUUCUUUACUUUAUUUCAUUUAAAGCCUUCUCCUUCAUUGCAAAGCGGAUCAUCGCACCGUAGCAUUAGCUCAAAGCUUUUUAUCUCCUCCUCAGUGCUCUCUAAUACACGGCACCCCGAACUUUGGCCAUGGCGGACUCCAAAACCUCAGCUCCAAACACCGAGGAGAGCCAGAUCCUAAUCGAUGGAAACGUUCUAGCAGCCCGUGCCCUCGCCCUCGCCGGCGUCAGGCACAUGUUCGGCGUCGUUGGCAUCCCGGUUACAUCACUGGCUACUCGCGCCGUCGCGCUUGGCAUUCGCUUUAUUGCCUUCCACAACGAACAGUCCGCCGGCUACGCUGCUUCUGCCUAUGGCUACCUUACCUCACGCCCAGGUGUCUUCCUUACCGUCUCCGGUCCCGGUUGCGUCCACGGACUUGCGGGUCUCUCCAACGCCACCGUGAACACCUGGCCAGCGGUUAUGAUCUCUGGAUCUUGCGACCAGAGAGACUUCGGAAAGGGUGAUUUCCAGGAGCUCGAUCAGAUCGCCGCUGUCCAACCCUUUGUCAAAUUUGCCGCCAAGGCAACAGAAAUUUCUCAUAUUCCCCGGGUUGUUCUCACUGUGUUGAGCCACGCAGUCGAAGGAAGGCCCGGUGGUUGCUAUUUAGACCUCCCCACUGAUGUCCUGCAUCAAAAAGUUUCCGUAGAAGAUGCCUCUUUGUUAUUGUCCGAGGCAGAAAACCCUAGGUUUCGAGUGAUUGGGGAUAGCGUUAGUAACUUGGAUAUUGAGAAGGCCGUAGGUUUGCUAAGAAAGGCGGAUAAGCCGCUGAUUGUUUUCGGCAAAGGCGCGGCCUAUGCCCGUGCUGAAAAUUCCCUGAAGAAAUUGAUUGAGACAACGGGUAUUCCGUUUCUCCCUACGCCAAUGGGGAAAGGCUUAUUGCCUGAUACUCAUGAGCUUGCAGCCACCGCUGCUAGAUCACUUGCCAUUGGCGGUUGUGAUGUUGUAUUGGUAGUUGGUGCUCGUCUCAACUGGUUGCUGCACUUUGGGGAGCCGCCCAAGUGGUCAACGGACGUGAAGUUUAUUCUGGUGGAUGUAUCAAAGGAGGAGAUUGAGUUGAGGAAGCCAUAUCUUGGUUUGGUUGGAGAUGCUGGUACAGUUCUGGAUUUGAUCAACAGGGAGAUCAAGGAUGAUCCUUUCUGCUUGGGGAAGUCGCAUCCUUGGGUAGCUGCUAUUUCCAAAAAGGCAAAGGAUAAUGUGGCGAAGAUGGAAAUACAGUUGGCUAAGGACGUAGUGCCAUUUAACUUCUUUACACCCAUGAGGAUAAUAAGGGAUGCAAUUCUUGCGCAAGGAAGCCCAGCUCCAAUAUUGGUUUCGGAAGGUGCGAACACUAUGGAUGUUGGAAGAGCUGUGCUGGUACAGACUGAGCCGAGGACACGGCUAGACGCAGGGACAUGGGGAACGAUGGGUGUUGGCUUGGGUUACUGCAUUGCUGCUGCAGUAGCUUCACCUGACAGGUUGGUCGUUGCUGUUGAAGGAGACUCAGGUUUUGGAUUCAGUGCGAUGGAAGUUGAGGUAUUGUAGAUUUGUCUUUAAAACAAAAUAUU